AUGUCUUCACCAACAAAGUUUGAGGGCUGGGUCGCCGAAAAGCCAACAAGUGAACAGGAUCUGGUGUGGAGCGAGUACGAUAUGAAGCCCUUCGAAGAAACCGAUAUUGAAAUUCGUAUCACCCAUUGCGGUGUCUGCGGAACGGAUAAUCACACGGCUCAAAACGGCUGGGGAACCACUUCAUACCCCAUCGUUGUUGGGCACGAAGUCGUCGGAAUAGCCACUCGGGUUGGCACCGAAGCUGUUGGUGGAAUCAAAGUGGGAGAUAUCGUGGGUGUAGGCGCCCAAAGCGAUGCUUGUUUCGAACGCGACGGUCCUUGCGAAGAGUGCUCCAACGGUCUUCACAACUACUGCUCCAAGAUUGUGAACACCUAUGGCGGUACCCAUCGCUGCGGAGCAACAUCGACAGGUGGUUAUGCCAAGUGGCACCGCUGUCCUUCCAGAUUCGUUGUCAAGAUUCCCGAUGGUCUGGCUCCUGAACAUGCCGCGCCCAUGCUGUGUGCUGGAGCUACGGUGUAUGCGCCGUUGAAGCACUUCGGGGCGAAAGGAAGAAAGGUUGCAAUUAUUGGUAUCGGUGGAUUGGGGCAUUUCGGCAUCAUGUUCGCCAAAGCGUUGGGCGCGGCUGAAUUGGUGGCUGUUUCGAGAAGUUCGGAUAAGAAGGGCGAUGCUCUGGCUCUUGGAGCGGAUGAGCACAUUGCGACGGCUGAUGAGGGAUGGGCCGCGAAGAACAGGAGGAGGUUUGACUUGAUCGUUAACACCGCUGAUGGAAAUAACAUGCCAUGGGCAGAAUAUCUCGGACUUCUGAGAAUGGACGGCACGAUGGUUCAAGUCGGUGCACCCGAAAAGGCAAUCCCGAUCAACAUCUUCUCGCUACUUCCCAUUCGAGGCAAACUCACGUCUACGCAGACUGCAAGUCCUGACGAGAUGCGAGAAAUGCUGCAGUUGGCGGCCGAUAAGGGUCUGAAGUCGUGGGUUGAAGAACGGCCGAUGAAGGAGGCUAAUGAGGUGCUGAAGGAUCUUCAAGCUGGAAAACCCAGGUUCCGAUAUGUCCUUGUUAAUGAGGAGUAG